AUGCCUUGUAAAGGAACUGCUGAGGCCUUCACCGGCCUACAACACCAAUUAUCUCAACUCUCCAAAGCCCACACAGACCAUUCUAUCUACAAAAUACACAACCAUCUGCACAGCGUCAACGACAAGGCUUACGAGCCCAAAAUCAUCGCAAUCGGGCCUUACCAUCACGGAAAAGACAGCUUGCAAAUGAUGGAAGAACACAAAUUGAGGUACUUAGAACUUCUUCUCCGCCGUAAAAAACAAAACGUCGAGCGUUACAUCUCAGCCGUCGCGAAAUUAGAAAAACGAGCUCGAAACUGUUACGCACAAGACAUCGGCCUCACCCAAACCGAUUUCAUCAAGAUGCUUGUUCUCGACGGCUGUUUCAUUAUCGAACUAAUUCGAAAAUGCAAUCGAAAGGAUUCGUCCUGCAAAAACGACCCAAUUUUCAAAAUGGAUUGGAUUAUGAACAGCCUAUUGAGAGAUCUCAUCUUAUUCGAAAACCAAAUACCUUUCUUCGUCUUGUGCGAGUUGUUCGACCUAAUCGAGCACCCAAACCAGCACGACCGAUUGAUUUACCUUAUAUUGUUCUUCUGCCAAAGUCUUUACCCGGGAGCUGUUCAUACAGAUCCAUCGAGCCGAAAAUCUGAAGAAAUCAAGCAUUUGCUCGAUUUGAUUCACGCCAACUGGCGCCCCUCUCUGGAUGAGAACGCUGUUAGCGUUGAUGUUGAAAUCCAACCAGAUAUCGUUCGCACGAAGAGAAAUUUGCGAUUCAUUCACUCGGCAAGCGAGCUCUCGGAUGCUAAUGUGCAGUUUGAGGUGCAAAUUUCUAAUAGCUUAUUCGAUUUGGACUUCAAAAAUGGUGUCAUGUUUAUGCCGACUUUGACUGUCGAGGAUAGAACCGAAUGCUUUUUCAGGAACCUUAUUGCAUACGAGCAGUAUUUUCCUGAUGAACGGCUAAAUUUCGUGACGGAUUAUGUGAGGCUAUUGGAUUGCCUGAUUAAUUCGACGAAAGACGUUGAGAUUUUAUCGGAAUGUGGGAUUAUUGAUAAUUGGUUGGGGGAUAAUCAAGUGGUUGCAGAUAUUUUCAACAAACUCACGGAUUCGAUUGUUGGGCCUGGCAAACAUUUUAUGUAUUCGGGGGUUGUUCAUCGUGUUAAUCAACAUUACGAGAGGCCUUGGAAUCGAGCGGUGGCUGUGUUGAGGCAAGAUUACUUCAGUAAUCCUUGGGCGAUUAUUGGUUUUUUAGCUGCUCUUCUUUUGUUUUUGCUCACGAUAGUUCAAACUGUGCUUGCUGUGAUACAGACGGUUUAG